AUGGGGUCAUGUUUAUCUACCAACAAAACUGUUAAAGAAGACAUUUUCGACAUUAAGUUACCCAAAUCGAUAAUAACUCACAUUCUCUCUUUUCUCCCAACCAAAGACGCUGUUCGCACUUCUAUCUUAUCUAAGAGUUGGGAACACCGCUGGACUUCACUCACCAAACUCUCUUUACACGAUCAUUAUGAUUCUUCUUCAACUCCCAAGUGUACUUCAUUUCGAAGAACAUGCAACUCCGAUAAACAAUUUCAAAGAAUACAAAACUUUGUUAGGUUUGUUACCAAAGCACUUGUUGUUACUGAUGGUUUAAGCAUGCAAACCUUUUCUCUUUUCCUAUAUAGUUUCCGCGUUGAUAAUGUUCCAGCCAAAGUUAUUUGUUUUGAAAACCUAAAACAUCUCAAGUUGUGUGGAAUCCACUUUAAAGCUACUUCACCGGAAUCCUCGCGUUAUAUUAAUCUUAGAUUCCCACUCCUAACCAAACUUGAGGCCAAAAAUUGCGGUUGGUUUGUUGAUGCAUAUCGUGUCUUUGUAAUUGCGCCUCAAGUUCAAAGCAUUUCCAUUGAGAAUUACGUUGAUUUGCCUUUUAGACAUAGCAGAUCUUAUGUCUAUUUCACCAGUUCUUCUGAUCUAAAAGAAUUCAACUAUUAUGGUUAUGGUAUACCACAACACAUUUUAAUGACGUCCCCAUGCCAUGCUUCUACUAAAAUCAUUUUACAUGAGAGGGCAAGCUAUGCAACUCAUCUGUUAGAUUCCCAUGUUUCUUUACUUCUCGGACAAUUCAGUCACGCGAAGUCUAUCAAAUUCGAGGUUCUGAAACUUUUUAAUAUGCGACUAGAAAGUGUAUGUGUAUUUCCAAUGUUGGCCCAUUUGGAUGUUGGCUUACUUAGUGUUGAUAUUCUGUUAGCCUUGCUUGAAAAGACACCGGUUCUCAAGACACUAGGAAUACCUAAAUUUGAGGAAGAACUUUUGAGUUCUGCCGUGGUGCCCGGUAGUUUGGCUUCUCUCCAUGUUGUGAAAUUUGAAGAAGUUAAUGGAGACAAUCAUGAGAUAUUUUUAGCUAAAUUCUUUGUGAAAAAUGUUAUGAUCUUGGAGAAGAUGUGUUUCUCUCUUGCUAGUCAAAUCCCGGACAAAGAUGAGGUUAUGGAAGAAUUUAAGGAGAAGUUGUCCUCAUUUCAUAAUUUCAAUCCUCAUGUUGUUGAAUUUUCAUAUGCUUAG